CAUGUGUCCUCAGGGUGGGGUGAACAAGAUGUACCAUGGAGUGCGAGGCUACGACCCGCAGCAGCCCAGGGUGCACCUGGAGAUGGAAAAGGGCGACACGGUCUUCUUCCACCCGCUGCUCAUCCACGGCUCUGGCAUGAACCAGACGCAGGGCUUCCGCAAGGCCAUCUCCUGCCACUAUGCCAGCGGUGACUGCUAUUACAUCGACGUGAAGGGAACCACACAGGAAAACAUUGAGAAAGAGGCGUUGGAGAUCGCAGCGAAGAAGUACGGUGUGGAAGGCGGCUUUCACUUCAAGGUCAGACAAUUUAGACAUUUAAUCGUCUCUGUGUUUGAUACGAUCUGAUGACUGUUUAUUAUCAGUCGGACAAAAACAUGUGAGCUCAGGGACACAAAUUACUGACAGGAUGCACAUUAUUCAUAUUUAGCGUGUGCUUCCUAAACGUGUCAAUGCUAACAUGCACUUUAAAGCUCAGCACAAUGAGAGGCCAGUGGUGAUAACAAGCUUUUCCCUGGAGAAACAUAGAAUCAGUGGAGGAAGGAGGGGCUGCUAAAAUGGAAGCUCUGGCAAGUGGUAACUAGCAGCUAGCGUUAGAGUCUUCAUGCAUUGUACGAAUGAAAAAUGAAACUGCAGUGCUACUACAUGCAGUGUUGAUACUUAGCAUCUUGUUACUUCCUGCAGGGGAACACUUUAAAGCUUAGGACAAUGAAACAGGAGCAAUCAGUGAUAACAAAGUAGGAGAAGCUGAGGUUCUUUCACUACAAGGCACCUCUAAACUGUAUAAUGUUAUGAUUGUCAUUUUUGCGUGUACUCCUCUGAG